CUUAACCACUGUGCUCCCGAAUUUCUAUCUUUAUUUAUAGUUAAAGUUUAACUGCAAGGACAACUUCCAUUUGAUCAGAAGAUGGGUAGUGAUCAUAUUCGGCAAGCAUGGUCUUUGCGUGUUUGUCUCUUACAGAUUUGCCUGGUAGCUUUCAUUGGGAAAAGCACCUGCUUCAUAGAAGUACAGAAGAUCCUGGGAUCCACUGAUGAUCAAUGGUUGGGUUAUACCCGCGCAAGACUCUCCGCCACACAGACCUUGGGCACUUCCUUUGGACUUCUACCUCCAAAAGCGCUUGGCCAGAGGAUAACUGGGGAUCGUUCCUCACUAUUCAAGUCCUCAGGUUAUUGGGGUCAAAAUGAACCAGAAUCAGAGAAAGACCUCUACAAGAAAUUUUCUGGGCUUAUCCACUCAUAUUUUCAAGACACCAUUGGAUUUUCUAUCCCAGAAGUUGAAGAUAUAGUUCACUCAAUUCAGAAUGACAUCAAUCAUUUAAUUGAAAAAGCUUUCCAUAAUGAGGGCACCAACAAACAAAAAUCUAAAACAAUGGCAAUAGAGUUGUAUGGGGUUCAAUCCCAACAAGAAGGAAAGGAAAAGUUUGUACCGGGUGAUCUUAGCCUUGAAGGAAGCCCUUUCACACAGGAACUGAUGGAUUUCUUAGAGUGUUAG